GAGAGCCUGCGAACAACACAGAGUUCAAUACACGUGAAAAUGAAGAUGAAGAUGGCUUUAAGUUUAGUAUGUCCCCUCCUACUUUUGUUUCUCUCUGCACUGCCUUGCUAUAUUUCUUUGCUGCAUUCUCCUUCUUAUUACUCUGAUCAACAAGCUCUUCUCUCUUUUAAGCAUUCACUUUCUCUCGACCCACACAAUUCUUUGUCCGAUUGGUCUCCCCAUCAUUACCUCUGCAACUGGACUGCUGUGGCCUGCUCUUCUCGUCACCAACGUGUGCUUUCCUUGAAUCUCACAGGUAUGUCUUUAGCAGGCCCCAUCUCUCCUUUCCUUGGCAAUCUCUCUUUUCUUAGAGUACUUGCUCUCCCGAAUAAUAGCUUUCAUGGCCAAAUUCCUUUUCAAUUGGGGAAUCUUUUUCGCCUUAGAGUACUUAGAUUGUCUAAAAAUAAAUUGGAAGGCUCCAUUCCCUCCACUCUGGCUAACUGUUAUUCUUUGCAACGUCUCAUUCUAUCCUAUAACCUUUUGAGUGGAACUAUACCUUCCCAGCUUGGCCUUCUUUCACAUUUACAGAUCCUUUAUUUAGCAGUAAACCAAUUAACAGGCAUAAUCCCACCUUCUCUAGGAAACCUGUCAUCUUUAGUUGACUUGGAGUUGGCGGAAAAUAAACUCCAUGGUGAAAUACCUGUUGAACUUGGUAUGCACUCAACUCAGGGUGCUUUAUCUUCCAACCAACAACUUGACAGGAGUAAUUCCCACUGCUCUUUCCAACUGCACUCUUCUCCAAAAUCUGUCAUUAUCUUCUAACCAAUUAACUGGACAUAUUCCUAAUGAACUAGGUAUGCUUAAUCAACUCACAGUGCUUUCCCUUGGGAACAACACCCUGACAGGAGUAAUUCCUAAGAAAUUAGGUAUGCUUAAUCAAAUUAGAGUGCUUCAACUCGACCACAACAACUUGACAGGAGUGAUUCCUGAUUCCAUUUCCAACUGUACUCUUAUCCAAGUUUUACAAUUAUGUGCCAACCAAUUAACUGGUCGCAUUCCUUCAGAGUUAGGCAAAUUGUUCCAACUUGAAUAUCUUUUUUUAUGGGAUAAUCAUCUUGUGAGCGGAAGUCGUGGCUUGUCUUUUCUAACAGCCUUGUCUAAUUGUUCCUCUUUAAAAUAUCUACAGUUGUCUCAGAAUUAUCUUACUGGCACUUUGCCCUCUUCUAUUAGCCAUUUAUCAAGCCGACUCUUUGAUUGGAGAUUGGCAUCAAAUAAAAUUGAGGGAAAUAUACCAAGUGGCGUUAGAAACCUCACAAACUUGGUAACAUUAGAUUUAUCUGAUAAUCAUUUCAAUGGUUCCAUUCCAACAGCACUAAGUCAGCUUCCAAAUCUUCAAAUGUUGUUUUUGGAUAAAAACAAUUUAAAUGGAAGAAUUCCAGAAAGUUUUGGUCAUGCAAAACCACUUGGGUUACUGUCAUUAAGUGAAAACAUGAUUUCAGGUGAAAUUCCAAAAAGACUUGGUGAUCUACCACAACUAAGAGAUCUUGUUCUUCAUCACAAUCAAUUGUCAGGGAAACUACCUUCUAGUUUAGGGAGAUGCAUCACUUUGGAAAAGGUGGAUUUGGCUCACAACAAACUAGAAGGAAAUAUACCUCUUGAAUGGGCAGCUCUUGAAAAUCUCCAAUUUUAUUUCAAUAUUUCCAGCAAUUUAUUACAAGGUUCUAUUUCAGUAAUGAGUAAAAUGGUAAUGGUCCAAGCUAUAGAUGUGUCUGUCAACAACUUCUCAGGAAAGAUUCCAGAUGUGCUAUCAAGCUGCACAAACUUGCAGUAUUUGAAUCUUUCAUGGAAUUCAUUUGAUGACCUAAUACCAACAUCACUCACAAGUCUAAAAAACCUUGAAGCUAUUGAUCUCUCAAGCAACAAUUUGUCAGGUACGAUCCUAAUGGCUUUCCAAGAAAUGAAAAUGCUUCAAUAUAUCAAUCUCUCUUCAAAUAACUUAAUAGGAGAAGUUCCAAAGAGAGGAGUUUUUUCAAGAAUUGAUAAGUCAGCAGUUUCUGGAAAUGUUGGCCUUUGUGGUGACUGGAUUAAAUUACAACCAUGCUUUGAUUCCAAACACAAACAAUUCUUGUUCUCUAAAAAUGUGAUAAUACUAGUUGUGAUUAGCAUUGCAAUCUUCAUCAUGUCUUCUGCAGUGUUCCUAUUUUUUUAUAGGAGGAAUACAAAUCAAAAUAUCCCAAACCUCAACUUUGGGCCUGAAAGGAUUUCAUAUGAAGAGCUUGUAGAUGCAACUAGUGGAUUUAGCCAAACCAAUCUAUUAGGAGUUGGUAGUUUUGGAUCUGUUUAUAGAGGGAUUCUCAAAAAUGGUACAAAUAUUGCUGUUAAAGUUCUCAAUUUGCAGGAUGAAAAUGCUAUCCAAAGUUUUGAAAGAGAAUGCAAUGUGCUAAAGAGAGUUAGGCAUCGCAAUGUGAUCAAAAUUAUUUCAGCAUGUUCUAACCUUGAUUUUAGAGCAUUGGUUCUUCCAUUCAUGUCAAAUGGAAGUUUAGAGAGAUGGCUAUAUCCUCAGGGAGGAGAUGAAUGCAGAUUAAAUUUGGCUGACCGAUUAAGAAUAGCAAAGGAGGUAGCACAAGGAAUGGAAUAUCUACAUCAUUAUUGCUUUGUUCAAGUUAUUCAUUGUGACCUGAAACCCAAUAAUGUGUUAUUAGGGAAUGAUAUGACUCCACAUAUAGCAGACUUCAGCAUUACAAAACUCUUAUUUGAGAAUUCAUUGACUUCUACAACUACACUAAAGGGAUCUAUUGGCUACUUUGCACCAGAGUAUGGAGUUGGUGGAAAUAUUUCAACAAAAGGAGAUGUCUAUAGCUAUGGAAUUCUACUUUUAGAAUUGUUGACAAGGAAGAGACCAACAGAUACCAUGUUUGUAGAAGGUAUUGAUCUACCAAAAUGGGUAAGUAUAGAUUUUCCAAAUAAAAUUGAAGAAGUGGUAGACAACCAACUGCUUAGAGAUGUUAAUGAGUCAAAUAAAGCAAUGGUGUUAACAUGCCUUAGCCAAUUUAUGCAAGUAGGAUUGGUUUGCACAAGGGAGCUGCCACAACAACGUCCGAAUAUGAUGGAGAUAGUUGAAAGAUUAGAAAAAAUAACAAGUGCAUUUCUCGGUACUCCAAGAGAUUUUCAUUUGCCAAUAAAUAUCUUACCUUUGCUUGAGAGUACAAAUGAACCAAGAAAUUGUAAUUCAAGGAGCCCUAAAAAUUGGUCUACAUCUACAUCUUAGCUCUUCACUCAACUAAUAGCAACUGUUAAG